CCCGAUCCCCACUCACUCCAACUCCCAUGCCACCCAUCCUCCCUAGCCCUUAUCCCUGACGUUUGUCCCAGCGAUAAUCCACCUCUUUUCGCAAGCGAUUUUAGAACUUUGUCCCGAAGAGAGAGAAAAAGGAUAAAACACCCAGAGAAGUGAAGAUCGGAGCGAACCAAAUACGUUUUAUAUUGCCCAGAUUGUUGGCCACGGCGGGUUGGAUAAAAGCAGGCUGAAAAAUACUAUAUGAUGUGGAUCUGGUACCUCUUGCUUGGUUCGGGGACGGGCUCAAGCUUGGUUGAGAGCCAGCUCCUUCCGGGGAACAAUUUCACCACAGACUGUAACAACCCAGGGAACUUCAUGUGUGGGGACGGGAAGUGUAUCCCAGGGGCGUGGCAGUGUGACGGAGUGUCCGACUGCUUCGACAAGAGCGACGAGAAAGGCUGCUCCAAGAUAAAGUCCAAGUGUGCUCCGACGUUCUUUGCCUGUGCCAACGGGAUACACUGUAUUAUCGGACGGUUCCGUUGCAAUGGCUUCAGCGACUGUCCUGACGGGAGCGAUGAGAAGAAAUGCACAGGUAACCCGCUGGUGUGCCUGGAGGCCCGCUUCAAGUGUCGUAACGGGCGCUGUGUGGACCGCAGUUUCCUGUGUAAUGGACAGGACAACUGUCAGGACAACAGUGACGAGGAACACUGCCUCACCACCGCAGAAGCUCCAGGCCAGGACUUUGUAACCCUGGACUACCGCAACUACCCUAGCAUCACCUACGCAGUCAUCGGCAGCGCUGUCAUCUUUGUCCUGGUGGUGGCGCUGUUGGCCUUGGUUCUGCACCACCAGAGGAAGCGCAGCGUGCUGCUGCCCCGGGAGAUCCGGUCCUCCUACCACCACCACCACCAUCAGCCCCUGCUGCUAUCCCGCGUGGUCAUCCUGGACCGGGGACACAUCCACCCAGCUGGCCCUGGCCUCUCCCCCACCUCCCCGUCUGCAGAAGCCCAGUUCAGUGCAGGUUCACAAGGGCUACAGAUGCUGUCUAGGACCCUCUACCCUGCAGACAUGUCCAUGGACACACCACCCUCCUACUCCCAGGCCGUGCUGGAUGUCAGCCGGCCUCCCUGGUUUGACCUUCCCCCGCCUCCCUACCUCCCAGACGGGGAUCUGCCGUCAGAAGGAGAGCUGCCCCAGUACGAAGCCCCCACAGAGCCCUCCACUCAGCCCAGCACACGUCUCUCUGAGCCCUCUACACCCAGAACUGUGGCCCCAGGCUUGUCCUGGCCUAGCUUCAGCUCCAGAGAAGAGUCGGACUAGCUGUAGUCCUCCUCUGAUGACUGCAUGUACAUAGGACCACAAAACCCAGCCUCAGGGCUGUGGAAGGCUGAAGAGAGAGGAGCUGUUCAAUUUGGGAAGACCCAAUGGAUUGUCCUGCCUAAUGUAAGAAUGAGAGACAAGGCUCUAGUCUACCGAUAACUACAACUGACUGACUAAGGCACUUGGAAUGAUUGCUAUUAUAUGCUGGCACCCUCUGCUGGAAAUUUCUCUACAUAUCCCCUGACUGGGUUGCUCACUUAUUCAAUCAAUCAAUCAUCAGUCAAUUGCAUUUCAUCUGUGGCUAUAUAGUGCUUUUUAUAACUGAAUUUCUCAGUGUGCUUAACAACUUCAAGGGUCUAAACUUCCAAAGACAAAAUAAAGACCACAGCCUCCCAACACUAUGCAUCUCCUGUUGGACUGGUGAAGACCCUGGUUGGUGCGAGAUCCUGGAGCUUGGUUGUGUUGACUGGAUGGAUGGUCAACCUUUAUAGUACAGUCAUUAACAAUGUAGUAUGACUCACAGUAACUAACAUUGUUUGUGGUACUCAUAAAGGGUCAAAUGUCACAUGGUGUUACAGUAGCAGAUGUAUAUGCUGUGCAAACAUAGUGAAAGAGAUACAGGGUCAGAUCUGUAAUGUUACAAUUUAGCACAUUAGGACAACCAGCUAGCCAUAGAAACAUGUGGGUAGUGGACCCCUGGAUAUGGGGCACGUUUUCCUCCCAUCCGUAAUGCAUAAUGCUGGUUCUCUUCAAUCUCUGUUCUCAUUGGCCAUCUCUUUCAUUUCAUAGGGAUAACUGUAUUUCUCUGUCAUAGAGCACUUAUCAUGAUGGCUGGGUUUAUUCAUGUUUUGCCAUGAACUCAAAUGGAAGUAUUAUUUGAGGAAGAUAACGUUUGGAUAAAAAAUUAUCCUACUAAGGUCCCAGAGCAAGUUUGUUUUCAGGGUAUCUGGACCUUUUCAAAGUACUCAAAUAUAAGUUUAACGACUUUGUCUACUGUCCCACUCAGGGUCUAGUUUGACAAAAGUUUAUUGAGGUCAUGUUCUAUUGCCAAUGAGGACAGUCCAUAUUGGUUUGUUUUGAUAUUAUAUCUGUUCAUAUCUGACUCUUUGGCAGAGAGGAGAAGAAUGUUCAGAUUGAACUUCUUGUCUGACGAGUGUUUUCAUGUUUAUUAAUGUUACACUUCUGCCUGAGAGCACAAGACAAACAUUUUGGCGGGGAAGAGAAAAUUACAUUUAAGGAUUCAUUUUCAUUAGUGCAUAAAGAGGAAGUGUAGAAAUACAUCAGUAGUAGCUUUGUCAGGAAAACAAAUGACGAGAACAUCCCCACAGCUAGAAUAUCUAACCAUAGAGAAUACAAGACCCUUCCACUUGGUACCUUGGAACACAAAUGUGUAGAUUGAAAUAAGCAUUUGGGAUCCUCCUCAAGUUCAAAACAUCAUUCAAGUCAGUGCACUAAUUACAGAAGCUGUUCGAUUGGCUCUUUUGUAGUCACUGAACAAAAAGAUCAGCCUUGUUCUCCUUGGUUCUAUAAUGAUGUGUUACUGACUGUACCAUGUACCACCUACCUCCAUGUUUUUCCUGACAAACUGAAAUUGUUGAUAGUCACAUAAAUGGUUGAUCAGAGUAUUGGUGUAUUUCAAUCAAUGCGAAAUGUCAAUCAGAAAAGUUUUUUUUGCUCCACGAAUUACAUUUAGAUACAUUCAUUAUAUACAGUUUUGACUCCAUACAUAUUCACAUGUUAACCCUUUGUAGUGCUUAUUUAAACAGAAUUGUAUGAGAUCAAUGUCCUUACUGGGUUGUUGAGGUAAAUCAAAUUAAAUCACAUUUUAUUUGUCACAUGCGCCUUACCAUGAAAUGUUUACUUACAAGCCAUUAACCAACAAUGCAGUUAAGAAAAAUAGGAGUUAAGGAAAUAUUUACUAAAAUAAACAUGUGUAAAUAAAGUUAGACAAGCAUUUUUGUAUGGAGCUCUAGAAGUGACUGAUUUACCUACAGUGCCUUGGUUCAAAUGUCUCUCUUACUGUAUUUCUUGGAUUCAUACUCAACGACUCACUGAUAGGAUUCCAACUGACUCAUAGGAUUCCAACUGACUCGUAGGAUCCCAACUGACUCGUAGGAUCCCAACUGACUCGUAGGAUCCCAACUGACUCAUAGGAUCCCAACUGACUCGUAGGAUCCCAACUGACUCGUAGGAUCCCAACUGACUCAUAGGAUCCCAACUGACUCAUAGGAUCCCAACUGACUCAUAGGAUCCCAACUGACUCAUAGGAUCCCAACUGACUCAUAGGAUCCCAACUGACUCAUAGGAUUCCAACUGACUCGUAGGAUCCCAACUGACUCGUAGGAUUCCAACUGACUCGUAGGAUCCCAACUGACUCGUAGGAUCCCAACUGACUCGUAGGAUCCCAACUGACUCGUAGGAUCCCAACUGACUCGUAGGAUCCCAACUGACUCAUAGGAUCCCAACUGACUCAUAGGAUCCCAACUGACUCAUAGGAUCCCAACUGACUCAUAGGAUCCCAACUGACUCAUAGGAUCCCAACUGACUCAUAGGAUCCCAACUGAUUCGUAGGAUCCCAACUGACUCGUAGGAUCCCAACUGACUCGUAGGAUCCCAACUGACUCGUAGGAUCCCAACUGACUCGUAGGAUCCCAACUGACUCGUAGGAUCCCAACUGACUCGUAGGAUCCCAACUGACUCGUAGGAUCCCAACUGACUCAUAGGAUCCCAACUGACUCAUAGGAUCCCAAAUUCUCUAACUGCCAUUCCUAUUAUGCAGAUUAUUUUCUGAAUUUGCACAAUAGCUAUCUGACUGAUUCAAUUGACACCCAAUAAUGUUUGGAUAAAGAAGAAAAUUACACUUUAUUUUUAUUUUUUAUAAGUGUCCCAAUUCAUUGUUUAGAAAUGUGUAAGUUGCAUGAGACUGUACAGAUGUGAGAGAGAAGACUGUCAUUGUCUCUCUGCCUCUGUCUGUCUGCCCAGUAACUAGUAUUAUUCAUUGACUGACUAGUGAAACGUCUAUCUGAAGGAUCUGUGCAUAUGUAGUGUGGUUGUCGUGUCAUUUCAUUUCAGAACUUGUCAAGGGUUUCAUGUGACCAUGUAUGUAGAGAGAGAGAGAUAUUUAUUUAAAAGCAGCAUAUUUAGACUUUAAACUAAUAUAAUAAUAUUUAACUAUGAAACGUGUUACUUUGGAUGGUACCUCUGUCUUUUGUCCAUAUCCCCAGCAGUCAUCAGGCUGGUGGCAUUAUUAAACAACAUGGAAACCAAAGAUUAUCACUCAUCAUCCCCAUAAAACCCAGAAGAUAAGCCUUACUCUCCAAAGUCCUAUCCAUAAACAGUGUUGUGCCUCGUUUUGUUUCAGAUACCUAGCUGACUAGAGAAUGAAGAGUUGUAUUACUCGUAUACAAAGGGGGAAAUCCUGUUCAUCACUAGAUAAUUGGAGAAUGAUACUCAGUCUCAGGAUGAAUCUGCUCACAGCUGGGUUUUAUUCACUAGGAACCAGCAGAAGCAAACAGGCUGAAACGGGGAUGACUACCUGAAAUUUUCCAAUAAAAAGUGUUUUUCUUUUCCGUUGCAAAACGUUUUGCACUAAUGAAUAAAGUCCUGGUCUGUUGCGUUUCAGUUACAACUUGUUACACUUUUCACGUCACUAUAUCCGUUUGGUUUGUGACAGUGAUUACUGAUUUGUUGUUCCACCCUGUUGGACCCUUGUUUCGUGUUUAUCAUUUAUUAAUUACCUUUUUGUUUGUAAUGAAAUAUAUUCUGUACAUUGAAAGUAAUAUAAAGUGUUUCUGAUUCAAA